UUUCGUUCUAUUGUUUUAUAUUUCGAGCUCAAAUAGGCUCUUUCUUUCAGUUAUCUUUCUAGGUUGGUUUCUCUGAAUAACAGCUUUACUUUCAAUUGAUGGAUUUUACCCUCAUAUAUUUCCUCUUUCAUUUUGCUUUACUCGUCUUCAAGGUAGCAGGUUUCGACACUUUCAAGACUCAAAUCAACAACAUCAAUUCCUUUCAGAAUGCUUAUUCCAAACCCAAUGAUGGGAAUAAUUUACAUUUUGGCACUGCUUUUCAGUCCAGCCAAUACGCAGAUAGCCACAACGAUGGUGAUGAUGGCGAUGGCGACCCACAAAUAACUACAACCGUUAUUGACAUUCUAUCGUCAAACUCUGACUUCAGCUAUUUCUUGAGAAUUUUACAGAAAAAUAAACUAAUACCUGUUUUGAACCAAUUUGAAAAUAUAACUUUGGUUGCCCCUGUAAACCAGGCGUUUCUUGAAACCAACAUGAUCAACAUUGAAAAUCCAGAUGAUCCUGACUCCAUCUACGACCAACUAGAUCAAAUUGUGUUCAGCCAAAAUGACUUAUACCAAUAUAUCAUAGGCCUCCCAAUUUUUAGCUACGACCUAGAUGGCAUUGAAAUAUUUAAAUCCAUGUAUUCAGACGACAUCCAAUAUUCUAAUCUAUUCAAUAUUGAUCGCAGCUCGAAUUUAGAUGACGAUAAUAUCACUUACUCCCCAAUUCUAUUCAAUAAUAUUAACAAUACUAUAAACUUUUUUAAUAUCAACAACAUUUUUGUAAAAUAUCCCGAUCUAUUUGCAAACACUCAAAACUCAAUUGUCCAUGGUAUAAUCAACUUACUAAACAGAUUAAACCCAAUUUGCAACCUUAUUAAUAACAAUAACAAUAUUAUUAGAACUAUUGAAAACUAUCCUAAUAAUAACUACGAUCAAAACAAUCAAAACGAUCAAAACAAUUUUAUAUCUAUUUAUUCGUCAUUUUUGUCUCAUUAUUACUGUCCUCGUUUAACAAACAUAACUGCUUUAAUCCCAACAAAUUCAGUAUUGGAUCUAAACGAAAUAGAACUAAACUAUCUAAGUUCAAAUUACGGAUCCACCGAUAAACUCAUUCUUACAAACCAUUUCCUAAUCAAUGACUACAUUGGUGGUUCCAUUAACAACCACCAACUAUACCAAAAUUUCAAUAACAUCUCUUUGAAUUUAUCCUCCAUAAAUAACGGAAACAAUUUGGUCUGGCAUAAUUACUCAUCGCUUUCAAAUAACGAACAUGACAUUGUUUUUUUCAGAUCAAACAUUUUAUCAAAUAAUGCCAUUAUUCAUUUAUUCAACUCAAAUUUCGAUAAAAAUAUCCUAAUUCCCUUCAAUCCAAGAAAAUAUUUGUACUCUUUAAAUUGCUCAGAUUUUGUUAAAGAAGUAGAUUUCAGAGAGUUAGGUUAUCUAAUAGAUGACAUUCAAUUGAAUCAAACUAUUUUUGUCACUCAAAACUCAAUUGACGAUGAUAACGAUAAUGACAACGAUAAUGAUAAUCAACUCUCAAAAAAAUCACUACAAUCAUCUUCUUUAUCAAACUUAAACACUUUAUUAUACCACAUUGUUGACGAAAAAAUAUCAACUUUAAAAUCUGGAAUAUACAACACAAAAGUUUGCAACAAUAAAAAACUAGGCAAAAACUGUCAAAAAUUAAAAAUCAAUAAAAUUAAUCAAUCAAACUUUAUUAUUAACGAUAACACUCUAAUAAAUACUUCUUUAAACACUUUCAAAAAUAUUUCAAUUGGAAAUACGGUAAUCUAUUUAAUAGACCAAGAUCUAAGUCUACCAAACUCUCUAUCCUCUUCUGUCGGUUCUUUUUUAAAGUGUUCCAGAUCUUUAAAUUACUUGAAUGAAUUAAACUUAUUGAACUUGAUUUCAAACAAAAAAGGAUAUACCAUCUUCCUUCCAUGUUUCAAUUCUUGGUCUUCUUUAGAUUUGACUUUAGACUACUUGGAAAAAAACUUGACUGCAUUAAAUUUAAUUAUGAAAAAUUCCAUUAUCAAUGGUUUGGUAUACAGCGAUUUUAAUAACUCUAUUAUAACCUCAAAUUUAUUAGGAGAAUCCAUUGAGAUUAAGAGUAUCAAUAGUGAUGAAAUCAACGAUGAUCAAAACUUUCAUCAAAACUUUCAUCACAAUCAGAUUGAUAUAAAAUCUGGUAAGGAUAAUAGUUAUCAUACAGACGACAAUGAUGAUGAUUUUAUCGAAAAUGAAAUUCACAAGUACAAUGUUCUAUCAAUUAAUAGUCAUGCUUCUAAAGAUUAUUUAAAAGUAGAAAAAUAUUCUGAUAUUCUUUUUAAUCAAGGCGUCGUCCACCCAGUUGAAGACAUUCUCUUUCCUCGAAAUGUUCAAAUUUCUUUAACCAAUCUAAUUGAAACAACUCAAUCCUUUAACACUUAUCCUUCCUCAAGCUUUAUCGAUUUAUUACACAGAGCAAAUUUAUCCUAUAUAUUGGAUCCAAAAUCUUCAAAUAAUUUUUCAAUCAUCUUGCCAAACCAUCUAUCAUUAAUUGAGUCAAAUAUAACCAUCGAAUCAUCACUCAAUUUUUUGGAGGUUUUCUUGAAAUUACAUAUUUUACCAAAUCCCUCAAAUGACGAAAAUGGAAACUCAAUCUUCAAUUGUGAUCGGAAAAUCCCUACUCUCUUAGACGGCGUACAUUUAGUUUGCAGAAAGUUGUCUUCAAAGACGAUCAUGUUACAAAUUGAAGAAGGCCAGGAUCAUGAAGUCAGAGUUCUAAACAGAGGUUGCACAACCUUCAACAAUAAAAGUUGCGUAUUUGUGAUUGACAGACCCAUUAAUCCUGAGUGGCUAGAUGAUGAUAAGUAUCAUAUUCGAUUACCAAUCGCCGCUAUGGGUUUAGGCUUUAUAAUUGGUAUUGUUUGCAUUUUUCUGUUACUAUCCUGUUUUUUAAUGGUUAUUGGAAAAAAUAAAAAAGGCACCGAUGAAGAGCUAAAUAAUACUGAUAAUACUCCAACUAGCAGUACUUUGGGUGAAAGUGCUAGACUAAUACGAAAUAAUAGUCAUUACACUCCUAAUCAUAGUCCUAGAAGUAGUGCAGGUAGAAGCAAUACCAAAAGAGGUUAUGGAAGUCUUAAUGAGUUUGGUGAAGGUACAAGCGCAAAUGAAAUCGCUAAUAAAACAGUUCCUGUUGAUCUAAACCAUAUUUAUAUCAGAAAUAAUUCAGAUUUAGAUUUGCCUAAUGUAUAAAAAAAAAAGGCUUCUCUUCAAUUUUAUUUUUACAUUUGUUUGUUUGUUUUUUAAUAUUCAUUUAUCAACUUUUUGAACUAUUUUGCGAAUAUCAAUCAAAGAAAGAGUAUAUUUCAAUUUUGAACUAGAUAUUUCAAAAAUAUAAUGGGUCAUCUUCAAACUGGUGUUUUUAUAUCAGAAUUUUAUUGUGUUUUAUAUUUUUUGGUUUUUUUAACACUACUUUUAUUUUUAUUUCUAGAAAAUUUAUCAAUACGUAUAAUAUAUAUUCAUAGUUUAAAACAUGUAAGAAUCUUGGAAAGUUUUGCAAUUUAAAAAAAUGAAGAUAUAGCAACAAAAAAAAGAUAAAAUAGAAAAGUGUUUCAUGUGUGCAAAAAUCCACU